ACCUACCUGCGUUUUCCCUCUCACCCACCCCUUUGCAUGCAUUCCUGGGUUGGUACAGUGCCACAUCAGCAGUGUCACAUCAGCAGUGCCACAUCAGCAACAGUGCCACAUCAGCAGUGCCACGUCAGCAGUGCCACGUCAGCAACAAUGCCACAUCAGCAGUACCACGUCAGCAGUGCCACAGUGCCACGUCAGAAGUGCCCCGCCACCAUGACGGGCUCAGUUCUGGGCAUGCCAGGCCAACUGGCCAAUGAGUCCAUUGCCGAGUACCGACAGCGUUUCGAAGCUCAGCUCGCACUGAUCGAGGCUGAGGAACAGCGUCAGGUGGCAGCCAAGGCUGCCCACCUACAAGCUGAAGCGGUGGCAACAGCUGCAAAGCAGCGGCUUCAAGCCGAAGCAGAAGCAGAUACUCAGGCACGCCGCAAGGAGGCCCAUGAUCUGUUACAACGGCAUGAAGCCACCAGCAUCGAAAAGCUCAAGUUCUGGCACUUUAAACCAUCUGAGCAGCACAACGACGCGACAUCGGAAGAGCAGCACAAGGAGUUCCUUGCCAAACUCGUCACUUGUAACCACCUGCAGUCCGAGCUGGCGAAUCUCCGACGGGCGGUGCAGAACCACAAGGCUCUGCACGAGGAUGCUACACGGGCACUCGAUUCCCGUGUACAGGACUUGGAGCAAGUAGCACCAAGACCAGAUGCUGGCACAGCCAGCAGUGCACCCUCUACCCGCCAAUUGGAGGAACGAGUUGACCACGUCGUCACAAUGCUCGGCGACAUCAGCACCUUCGCUGCACCAGCCACCAUCAGCAAGCAGUUGGACACCUUGAAGACCGAGGUUCAGCAACUGCACCAGCUGCCCAACAAGGAUGGCAACACCACGCAGCACUACAAGAUACCGACAUUCCGCAUCGAAAAGUUCGAUGAUUAUACGCACUAGAUGACCCGUUGCGGCUUCGCCCGCAAAAACAGAAAAAGAAAAAAGCAUGAAAGAAAGAAAACGCAUAAGGAACUGCCCUAUCAUAUGCCCCUUCUUUCACAAUAAGAAAAAGAAGAGCCUAAGAGCAGACGAAAACCCGCGUGCAAGAAAAUAGCAGGUACCACCGAACAUUCAUUUUUCUUUAGCUUUGCGUGAUUUGUUUGGGGAGCCGUUACCUUUGCAGCAUCGUUUUUGUUUUGUGUUGUGCAAGAGCUCUGGACUUUUCUAAGAAAAUCCAGUCCGUCGUCCCGUUGAUGUUUUUGGUAAAGAUUCAGAAUCAGACUUUGUUUGCUGUGUUCUCUGGAUAUGUUUGUGAUCAAGCGAUCUUGCAUGUAUGCCCCGUGCUUACUUGUUGAUUUUUGACGCUAUGUGUGCAAGUGCAUGUGCGUGUGGGUGAGUCUCAGUUUGGUGGGCUCCGAUGAUGUCAGUGAUGAUUGGCCCAGGGACCCUCAAACUAUAGGAGUGCCGCUGAUGUUAAGCAGGUUUUGCAUUGUAUGAAUGAAACAAUCAGCAUUCAAUCUGCUUGGCAGUUGCUCUUCGGGUGGGGGACUUGUCGGGAGUAGCAUUGCCAUGAGAGCCAUAAUGUCGGGCGUGCAUCUUGGAACAUUUCCAGGAAGGCAAAAGGCAAAAAUGAAACGUAGCACGUGUC